AAAAAGUAUCAACCCCAGUCACCCAGAUUCUCGGAAGGAAAUGUACGCUUUCACCAAAGCAACCAAAAAGGAAAGGAAAGAAUUGAUGUUUGCCAAGCCAGGGAAGUUCAUGGAAGAUUUUAACCCAGAGACUAGUGCUAGGGAAUUACGUAAAGUCAACCGAAAGAUUGUCAAACCAACUGUGAAGAAGAACCAGAUGUAUGAUGAAAAUGGACUCUUGUUGAAUGAUAGCAGAGACUUGUGUGACUGUUUAGACACAGCAUGUCCUGGAUGUCACUUUCCUUGCUCUAAGUGUGACUCUGAGAAAUGUGGCGGAGAAUGCAGAUGUAAUAGGAAAUAUGUAUAUGAAAAAGUGGAAGUUGAAGGCAGUAAUCUCUCAUGGGAGUUCUUCCUGUAACAUGCAUUGUUAACAUGCAAAUGUGUAGAAAUGAUCUCU